AUGGCGUCGCAUGGUUCCCUCAAGCGGCCCCCGCCGCAAGAUCCAAUCCCUGGCUCUCCUACUAAGAAACCACGAGGCAUGGACGCGCCUGGCUCAUCCGCAGUGUCGGCGCAAGAUCAAAAGAAGAAGAUGGUGGAGGAGGCUCGAGCUCGGGCAGCUGCUCUUGCUGCGUCGUUAGGCAAUCGGGCAGGCGGUUCAGCUACAUCUAAACCAUCGCAAACAGUGAGCGCUUCAUCACAUGCUGAUCGGGUGGCCGCCCUACGAGCCCGAGUCGCAGCAGCAGUUGGUAAUACCGCAUCGGCAACAUCAAAACAAGCACCGUCGCUCCCAAUAGCCAUCCCUAAGGAACCAAUGGAAAUGCCCCAAGACGGUGGCCGAGGAAGAGGGGGGUUGGAUAUUGGUAUCCAUCCUGCCCUUUUGGCCGACUCAGUAGAAACAUCAACUGGUGUUGGUCGUGGGCGCCAGGCUAUGAAACCGAAAUUUGCGACAACCAUGGCCAACCAAAAACCCGAUCCUAUAAUAAAAACAUCUAUUUCUAGCAAACAUAAAGAUGCAAGACUAGUAGGGGGGUCCAAACCGACGGGGGAACAAUCGCCCUCAAAGAAUCCCUAUUUCGAUCCUAAUAUCAAUUCUGGGGCCGGAGCACACCAGAAGGCUCGUGUGCCAAAAGGUUUAGUCUUCAACCAGAAAGGCAAGUACAUUGAACAAGCCAAUGCGUUACGCAAACAGGCGCAACUAGAGGAGCUCAAGGCUCGUAUCGCAGCUGCGGCUAGGCGGGCUGGUAUAGAGGAAGACAUUGAUACGGAUAAAUUGUUCCUAGUGAGUACAAUACCUAUGCGCAUACGAGAUGACGCUGUCACUGACCACAAGCUACAGCGCGAUAAACCCCCAGAAGUCGAAUGGUGGGAUCAAGGUCUAUGCAGCAACGGGACAUACGAUGACGUCAACUCCAACAAUCUGAAAAUAGACAGUCAGGAUUCAAUUAUCACCGUUUAUGUCCAACAUCCCAUCCUCUUAGACCCUCCGAUGGAAAAGCAUAUACCACCAGCAAAAGCUCUCCCACUGACGAAAAAGGAGCAGAAGAAAACGAGGCUCCAAACAAGGAUGGCCAAGCUUAAAGAAAGCCAGGCGAAGGUGAGGCUGGGUCUCGAGCCACCGGAACCUCCGAAAGUUACGUUGAAAAACAUGAUGCGUGUUAUGGGAGACGAAGCCGUUAAGGAUCCUACCGCUGUCGAGGCGAAGGUGAACAAGCAAAUCGCCGAACGCCUGGAGAAACAUCUCACUGCAAACGCGGAAAGAAAACUCUCAAAGGAGCAAAGAUUAGACAAACUACACCACAAUCAAGAACUGGACCUGGCAAAGGGCGUGCAUUGCCUGGUUUUCAGAAUCGAGAAACUCACAAACCCCUCUCACCAAUUCAAGAUUUGGAAGAAUGCAGAGCAACUCGCCCUCACGGGCAUAUGCAUUAGCAACCCAAAGUUUAAUUUAGUAGUCGUGGAAGGUGGGGAAUGGGCUAUAAGCAAGUAUAAAAAACUUAUGAUGCAACGGAUAAAGUGGGAUGAGAAUGGGAUGGGGGUAGGGUUAGAUGCCGAAGGGGAUUCGAUGGUCGAUGAGACAAUGGCCCCCGGAACAGAAUCAAAUACAUGCACACUAGUAUGGGAAGGUGAUCUGAAACUCAAGUCGUUCAAGAGAUUCACUACGAAUAAGUGUGAGUCGGAGAGCGAAGCCAGAAGAUUGUUAGAACGGAACAAAGUCGAAAACUAUUGGACGUUGGCCAAGGCGAAAGGGCCUUCGCAGGCAUGA